AUGCAGACUAUGUUGGGAAAAGCUCUACAACAUCCAGUGUUGGACAAUCACGGAGAUUACACUAUCAAUGAUAUUACUAAUCGCGACAUCAAUCCUGGUACAUCUCUUCACGUGGCUCUUCGGAACAGCCACCUGGAUCAUCAGGAGAAUAGAUUUUCUACCAUUCCUCAUCUUCCGAGAAAUACUCAAUCAAUACAGCAACCGACAGCAGCUAUACCAAGGACAAACGGUUUCCUACCAUUCACACAAGAGAAGGAGAAAAUUUUACGGAACUGUAACCAUCAUCCUUUGCUACAUCGUGAACUCUCACUGCUGCUCUGA